GCAGGAAGUCAACAUCACAUGACCUCGACGGUCAGCUGAUCGUUAAUUUGUACCGAGGACGUUUCUUUCGAGUCACGACCGCCUGGAAUUAGAUCAUUCGUCGUCUGCAUCAUUUUCGGGCCCGAGCUAGCUAGCAAGCAGCAGCAGCAGUUGCGACCAUGGCGCUCAGCGAUGCCGACGUUCAGAAGCAGAUCAAGCACAUGAUGGCCUUCAUCGAGCAGGAGGCCAACGAGAAGGCGGAGGAGAUUGAUGCUAAGGCCGAAGAGGAGUUCAACAUCGAGAAGGGCCGCCUGGUGCAAACGCAGCGUCUGAAGAUCAUGGAGUACUACGAGAAGAAGGAGAAGCAGAUCGAGCAGCAGAAGAAAAUCCAAAUGUCCAACCUGAUGAACCAGGCCCGCCUCAAGGUCCUCAAGGCCCGCGACGACAUGAUCUCUGACAUGCUCAAUGAGGCCCGUCAGCAGCUCGCCAAUGUGGCGCGAGACCCUGCCAGGUACUCGGCGCUGAUUGACGGCUUGAUCCUUCAGGGUUUAUAUCAGCUGCUGGAGCCCAAAGUGACCAUUCGAUGUCGUAAGCAAGACGUCCAAUUAGUGCAAGCUUCCAUCCAGAGGAACUUGCCCAUCUACAAGGCUGCCGUGAAGAACAACCUGGAGGUCCGCAUCGACCGCGACAACUUCCUCGAUCCGGACAUCUCCGGAGGCAUUGAACUCUACAACGGAGACGGCAAGAUCAAAGUGGCCAACACGCUGGAGAGCCGACUGGACCUCUUGGCUCAGCAGAUGAUGCCCAACAUCCGAGUGGCCCUCUUCGGCGCCAACCCCAACCGCAAGUUCAUGGACUGAGAAGCCUCGCUCCCGUGUUUCUGGAUUCUUUUCAAUUUCUUUUGUUUUGGGUCACAUUCCAAAAGCGGGUGCUUUGUCACCAUCAUUAUUAUUAUUUUUAUGUGCGUGUGUAUGAUGUGUUGUUGAUGUGUUCCUUUGUACAUGAAGGAAAGCUCCCGCCAUGCCAUGACACAUUACAUGUCAGCAGGGGACGGGGUUACUUGCCGGAUUCUGACCGUCAUCAAGUAAGUUAGAAUGUUUAAUAGGUUAAUUUAUUGUUCCGCCAGAGGGGGAUCCUCUGUCUGUAUAUGAGCGAGCCCAUAGAAAUUGUGUGUGUCAUGUGUUGUAAAUGUACAAUAUCAUAAUAAAAUAUGACUGGUGAUGGCUACA